GUCAGACUGUCACCGAUUUUCUUUUUUUCUAUACAUGUCGCAUCCCGGCCGUGCCUAGCUGUGCCAAACAAAAGGCAUCAUGGCCUCACGACGAGAGGCUGGCUGGCAGUACACACACGUACAAAGGGGAAGCAGGCAGAUGCACAUGACACAGCACACAUGUCUGGCUGAAUACAUAGCUGGGGCACAGACAUGAGACGGAGGGCCAAAGAGAGAGAGGCAUCAUAGAGCUGGAUAAAAGCCGAAUGCACCCAUACAUUAGCCAUCAAAACAUACCAUGGUGAGAAACCACGAGCAUCACUCAAUCAAGCUGACCUCUGCCUCACUCUCACACCACACUUAACACCUCCACUUCGUCAGCCAUAAAUGCCGCACUGCCCCCAAGCAAAGCAAUCCCAUCCUCAUUCAUCACCCCCACAUAGCCAUCAGGCACAUCAUCUCUGAGGAUGAUCUGACGGCAGCUGCGCAUAUCAUCAGCAGCGCCACCCUGAUGGCCCAACCACAGCCACCUACCGAUCGUCAGCUUCGCCUCGUCCACUGACCCCUCCCGCCCAGCCACCCACACCACCCGGCUGUAUUCCAUCAUGAUCUUGGGUGUGUGGAAAUGGCUGGCCAGUGAGAAAUCCCCCCCAUCGCAGUCGUACAUGUUCUCGCCGGUCGGGUCAUCGGGCAGCUGGAUCCCGGCACUGAUGAAGACGCCGAAGAGAUAGUCUCGCUUCUUGACGACGAACACGAGGCUCUUCGUGUCGCCCAAACACCGCAGCAGAUCGCCAUACGACGGCCCAUUACGGGUGGCUCUGGGAAUGCCACACACACAGAGGGAGAAAAACGAGUGCACUGCCGUGCAUUCGUUUGGCGUUGCGCAUUCUCACCGGUAGAGGGACCGCAGCGACUUCUUGUUGCCUCAGACCCACUUGGUGAGAAACACUCCCUGGCCUCUGGUCACCGUACUGCCCUCAACCGGUGACUGCACAGCAAACGGACUGAUGUCAUGACAUGGCCACUGAUCGUCUCCCCGUGACAUUGACCUCACCGUCACGAGUGUGUGAAGCCGAGACUGCAUUGAAGGCAGGUCCGCCGCCAUAUCCACCUCAUUCGCCAGCUGACACAUCUCGAUGACCCUCUGGGUCUCCGCUCGAGUCAGCGAAUAGGCGGCGGUGCCACACUUGAGCAAAGCAGCCAUUCGGUCGCGCUCUGCACACAUCGGAAAACACCUUUGUAUGCAUUGCGUGUCUGUGUGUCCUUGGCCGUAUUCGGUUGUCACCUUGCUUCUCUUUAGCCUCGACUGCGGCCGCCAGGGGGUAGUUCUUCGGGGCCUCCUCGGUGGCUGGUGUCGUGACCCUGCCAAUCACACACACCACACGCUGUUGUGCGGCCGUCCUCUCAUGAGUCAUCUUGAGUGUCUUACCCGCAUCGUUUGGGCAAAGGAUGACGUUGUUGGCGGCAUGGAGGCGGAAGUCAUCAACGCACUGAGGAACACACAUCGGAUCUGAUCAGAUGAUGCCACAGCAGCAGCAGCGGCCUCUCUGCUUCUCACAUCUGCGCAGAACGAAUGGCCUGGUUAACACACACAGAUCAAGCAGACCACAUGAGCCAGUCAGCGCUCCUUGCCCUCCCCGCCCAGUGCUUCACUCACUCACCGCAUCUGAGCUGCCGAGGUUCGUUCUGUCCGCUGCUUGUGAAGCCAUUCGUGCAGAUCCCGCACAGCAGAUGCUGAUCGUCACCCGUGGCAGCCAUCACGCUUCCCGGCCGGCGAGCAGUUUCACGCAAUGUCCUAGGCGGCCUGGCGGCCAG